CUGACUCAUAUUCUCCGCAUCCCAAAGUCCCGCGCUGAAUGCUGCUGCUGCUGCUCUCACUUGCAUAUUGAACAUUCCUUUUGGCUCUGCAUCAGCUCUGGUGACUGCAAGUCAGCCUCAGGCCAGCCUUUGCGACCGAUACGAAGCCCAACCCCUCGCCGCAUAGUUCCAGAAAACUCGGUUGUCGAAUCGUUUUGACCUUGACGUCCAGUGGCGGACUAGGAAUUCCUCUUUAAUCAUGCCUAUGCUUCGAGAGCCUUGGAAAAAGUACCGCAAGUUCAAACCACUUGACUUGCCUAACCGACAAUGGCCCUCACGGACCAACGACAAGCCUCCGCGGUGGCUGGCCACCGACUUGCGAGACGGAAAUCAAAGUCUUGUUGAUCCUAUGGACGGUGAACAGAAACUCCGCUUCUUCAAGAUGCUGGUUGAGUUGGGUUACAAGGAAAUCGAGGUCUCCUUCCCUUCCGCUUCGCAGACCGACUUCGACUUUACAAGAUACCUGGUUGACACCCCCGGCGUGGUCCCCGACGACGUUUGGUUGCAGGUUCUGUCGCCCUGCCGCGAGGACUUCAUCCGACGGACUGUGGAGUCUUUAAGAGGAGCAAAAAAGGCCAUUUUACAUUUAUAUCUUGCUACGAGCGAAUGCUUUCGCAGAAUUGUCUUCGGCAUGACCGAAGACGAGACCCUUGCCCUGGCUGUCAAGUGCACCAAGUUUGCCCGAUCCAUCACCAAGGAUGACCCCAGCCACGCGGGAACAGAAUGGCUUUACGAGUUCAGCCCCGAGACCUUUUCAGAUACAUCGCCCGAGUUCGCGGUGCGGGUGUGCGAGGCGGUAAAAGAAGCGUGGGGUCCGACUGAAGACAGCAAAUUGAUUUUCAAUCUCCCAGCGACCGUGGAAAUGGCCACACCGAAUAUUUUUGCAGACCAGGUCGAAUAUUUCUGCACGCAUAUGACCGAGCGUGAGAAAUUCUGUGUCUCGGUGCAUCCUCACAAUGACCGAGGUUGUGCUGUCGCAGCGGCAGAACUGGCCCAGAUGGCGGGUGCUGACAGAGUCGAGGGCACUCUGUUCGGUAAUGGAGAACGAACCGGAAACGUCGAUCUCGUGACCUUGGCCCUCAAUUUGUAUACACAAGGUAUCUGGCCCAAUAUCGACUUCAGCGACAUAAACAAAGUGAUUCGCGUUUGCGAAGAAUCGACUAAGAUACCAGUCAAUGAGAGGUGGCCAUAUGGUGGCCAGUUGGUUGUCUGUGCCUUCAGCGGCUCACACCAAGAUGCUAUCAAAAAGGGGUUCCAACUCAGGAAAAAGGAUGGUCGUGGGCCAGAGGAUCCGUGGGAACUGCCCUAUCUGCCACUCGAUCCUCAAGAUAUUGGACGUACAUACGAAGCAGUCAUCCGCGUCAACUCACAGUCUGGUAAAGGUGGCGUCGCCUGGAUCAUCCAGCGAAGCCUCGAACUCGACCUGCCCCGUGGGUUGCAGAUCGCAUUCAGCAGGAUUGUCCAAAAAGAAGCCGAUGCCAAGGGCCGAGAGUUGCUUCCUCGAGAAAUCCAGGCGCUGUUCGAGGAGUCGUAUCAUCUCAAGAAGAAUCCCAGAUUCACUCUCAUUGACUACAACAUCACGGCUGUCCGGACUCCCUCGCCGGCUCCUCAGAUGAAGAUUUCAGCCGGUCAGCCACCCCAAACCGCGGCGCCGGCUCAAAAUACCUCGACGGCGAAACGUCAAUUUGCAGGUAUCAUUGCCAUUGACGGAGUCCAGCAUCCGAUUGUGGGUGUGGGCAACGGUGCCAUUUCCUCCCUGGCCAACGCUCUCCAUUCCUUAGGAAUUGACCUUGAUGUGGCGGAUUACAAGGAACACGCCAUUGGUGAAGGGAGAGAAGUGAAAGCUGCCACCUACAUAGAAUGUACGGCGAGCAACUCGAACGAGAAAGUGUGGGGAGUGGGUAUACAUGAGGAUGUGGUCCAGGCAUCCCUAAUCGCGUUGUUGAGUGCGGCAAGCUCGUUCUUGACAUCGCGGGUUUCCACGCCGGUUCCCUUUAAGCCCAAGCACUUGAGACAGUUUUCUGAAGCGGAACUGGAGGCGUUGGAGCGCUUGAAUCUGAACAACACCCCCGACAGCCCUAACAGCCCGUUAAGGUCGUCUGUGACUGCAACGGAAGGGAGUGUCACACCGUCGAAAUUGAAUAUGGAGAUGAACCCGAGCAGCGUUGCCGCAAAAAAGAUUAACAUCGACUUGCUCGAACAGAAGGCCGAGUCUGUCAACGGGCACGUGGAGAAGUCCUAGGAUGUCUUGAGAUUUGCCGCCGGCCAUUUUCCUGAAAUCACAGUCCAUUUGCAUCAAAACCAAAACGGGGCACGGGGGUUAGGUCAGUUCCAAUGAUGAACGCCAAAACCAAAAGUGGCUUGAUUAUUUGUUGUAUAGUCAGGGAGCGCCUAUCCGAAAAAUUGACAAAAUCUGAUGUUGGGCGGUGAUCAGCCUGCAAAGUGAGAUUGGUAAAACAGCAGGAGGUCGCCCUUGGAGCUGUCCAUAGCAAUAAUGUGCACAUGCUUCGCAUCUUUGGAAGUUGAUCCUCGGAUGGUUUGGCACUUCACAUGUUACAAACCGUGCCAUUCAGCUGCGUGUCCAGUCUCUAUGAGCCAGGGCUAGCUGCCUAGGUACUAAGAUUGAGAAUAGGGCUUGGGGGUUCGCCCCCAUAGACACCGAGGAGGCGCCCAAUAGCUUGCAUGGGGGUUAGGAGCAUGCCCAGAAGGCCAAUCACCCCCCG